AGCUGGCCAACCUCGAAAAUCAUGCGGGUGGGUGGAGUUUACGUAUGGUUCUCGUUUUCAUUUCCUACACUCGUUCGCCCUCCAUCGUGCGCCGGCACGGCAUCGGAACUGCGCACUGGCGACCACAUCGAGCCGUAUACAUCGUGUUCACCGUCCGGGUCCCACAACAGAUGAUAUCGCUUAAAUGGGGGGAGGGGACGGACUCCUUCCGACUGUUGGAAACGCGACAUCAUACUCCAUCUCUCACAUCGACCCUCUCCAUCUGGCGGAGCAUCCCCCACCUCACCAUAUUUUGCCAUGGCAACAGCAAACGGAAGCGCAACUCGCAAAGGAGCACUAACUCCGAGUUAUCCGAUAUUGACAAUAUCACCGGAAAGAUGCACAGAAAAGCUCAAGGCAUUCAGCAGCCGUCAGAAGCCGGGGUUGCUCAAUUUGUUUUCCGACAGCGACUUCAAAAAUUACGGGGGCAAAGGUGCGGAACUCGUCAACAGCCUGAUCUCGAGAGGCUGUCCCAGAGAAAUGGCGGAACAAUUCUCUGUUUUGGUGCUAUAUGAUGUGGUCAUCUUGAUUGAUAACAGCGAUUCACCGGAAGCCGAGAAUGCUCGAAGAGAGACGUUAAAGACAUUGUUGGAUGCAAUUGUCGAUGUUUACGAGCUAGCCAAUGACAAAGGUGUGGUCUCUGUCCGGUGCUGCAAUCUCCACGACCAAUGUACAGAUCAUAAAGACGUCCGAAGAUCAGAGGUCUCUGGAAUCCUCGAGACAAUUAAAUACGGCGAAUCCGCCGAAGUUGGUGGACAGCUGAAGAAACGCAUUCUGAGGCCUUUUGUCGAGCACAAAACCAUGAUCAGGCCUUUACUCACUAUCGUCAUUACGAACGGCAAUCCUGAGGCGGAAACUAAGGAUGUUUUGAAGACGGCCAUCAACAACUGUCUCGUGAAAUUGUCCCAAGACCCUACCAAAACAGAAGAUGCUGUGGCUUUCAUGUUUGCACGAGUCGGCGGAGAUCAGGCUGGCAAGGAGCUCGUAAAAGAUCUUGAUAACGAUCAGAUCUUGGGAGCGUGGAUUGAUUGCCUACCGGUCGAAUCUCGCCUGAAAGAUUUCCGUCCGUAUGGUCAUCGGCCUUACUGGGAUGUGCUCUGGAAGCUUAUGCUUGGAGCUCUAUACAAAGUUAUCGACGCCAUGGACGAUGACUCUGAGCUCGAUGAGGACUUCCUGAUGCCACUAGUUUCUAGUAGACCUAAGGCUCGCAACCAAUCGCGAGAUAACCGUAUAGCUGUUCCUUCGGCAGGUCCGCCCCCCAAACUUCCGAUGCUGGACGCACCUCACGGAGUGCGACCUUCCGCCGAAUCUCGUCGUCGAAUACCUGCGCCAGUGGAGGCACCUUCCCCGGAGGUCGUUCCCUACCCUGUAUCGGGGGAAUUACAUAACGGCAGUGCGUUGAAAGAAACUCAUUCGAGCAUGCGUGCAUCCCAGGACUCGUCACACUCUAUCAACCCUCCGAAAGACCGGGAUUCCGAACAUAAUACCUGACGCCAGCCACCCGUCAACCGAAAAAGGCUUCAAGCCCUCCACGACAGCGACAGGAAUAAUCCUAAACCGAUGGUCUACCAUUCGAGAUGUGGUGGGCCCACACGCCGAUCACUGGCCUUCCCGCUUGAAAUUUCACAUGCCUGAAUUGGAUGAUACACGCUUGCUGCUAAAGGCUGAGCAGCGUCGCCAAGAUCACGACCCACCACUGUU